AUGAGCAGCAAUUCUCAGCUAACCCAACAGAGACGCUCUGCGCUCGUCCUCUAUGGCUCCGAAACUGGUAAUUCUCAAGAGGUCGCCGAGGAGCUCGGCGCAUUAACCGAGCGGCUCCAUUUCAAGACCCAUGUUGCGGAACUGAAUCAGUACAAGCCGGAAACACUCAAUUCGUACACGCUGGUGCUACUUGUUGUUUCCACCACCGGGCAGGGCGAUUUCCCGGCUAAUGCGCGAUCGUUUUGGCGAUCGUUGUUGUUGAAGAAGCUCCCCGCGACGUUCUUGCGUGGGGUCAAUUUUGCGGCUUUUGGGUUGGGGGAUAGUUCCUAUCCGAAGUUUAAUUGGGCGGCUCGCAAGCUGCAUAAACGAUUGCUUCAGUUGGGCGCGGAGGAGAUACAUCCUUGCGGAGAGGCGGACCAGCAACAUCCCGAGGGGCUUCGGCAGGUGCCGAUACCGGACAACGUUCAGCUGCCUCCGAAAUGGGUCUUGCAACUACGAGAUGAUGGGGAGGAAUCCUUGACAUCGGAGCGAGCCGCAGGAUUUGAUGCAGGAGUCAAUGGAUCUUCUGAGCUGGACCGACUCGGUCAUGAUCUUCGGCCGCUGCCAGAUACGCUGACGGCGACACUGACAGAGAAUAGGCGGGCGACUGCCGCGAAUCACUGGCAGGAUGUGCGCCAUUUGUCCCUGACCGUCCCUGAAGCAGUGUCCUACGUUCCUGGGGAUAUGCUAUCCAUCACCCCGAAGAACUUCGCCGUCGACGUGGACAAUCUCAUCACGAUGAUGGGCUGGGAGGCAGAUGUCGAUCGGCCGGUGACACUCGUCCCUGGGCCGACAUUGCUCUCGGCAGACGACGAGGAUAUGCCUUCUCCGCCUAUUCAGGGUCUCGACUCAUAUCCCAACCUGACCCUACGCGCUCUCCUUACCGACUACCUCGACAUUCAGGCCAUUCCUCGCCGAGCGUUCUUCGCUACAGUGGCUCAUUACACGGAUUACGAAAUGCACAAGGAGCGUCUUCUGGAGUUCACCAACCCCGAGUUCCUGGACGAACUGUGGGAUUAUACCACUCGGCCGCGACGCAGCAUCCUGGAGGUGUUGCACGAGUUCGACUCGGUGAAGAUUCCAUGGCAGCAUGCGGUCUCGGUGUUUCCGAUCAUGAGAGCGAGACAAUUCAGUAUUGCCAGCGGGGGCGCCCUCAAGCAUACAGCGGAGGGGGGCACUAAAUUUGAGCUGCUGGUCGCUAUCGUCAAGUAUCAGACAGUCAUCAAGCGCAUUCGACAGGGGGUCUGCACCCGGUAUCUAUCGGUGCUUCAACCCGGAAGUACACUGCAAGUGCAGUUGCAGCGUGGGGGCCUCAACUCAUCGGUCAAUCAACUAGUAGGACCGACGGUCUUGAUUGGCCCUGGAACUGGAAUCGCGCCCCUGCGAUCGAUGAUCUGGGAGAAGGCCGCGAUCGUCAAGGCGUACAAGGAAGAAAACCCUGGAGUUGAGCCUCCGAUCGGGCCAACUCUGCUCGUGUAUGGAGGUCGCAACAGAGAGGCGGAUUUCUUCUUCGAACAAGAGUGGGAGGAGUUGGGUGAGCUGGUCCGCUUGAAGGUCCUGACUGCCUUCUCGCGAGACCAGACGCAGAAGGUCUACGUUCAGGAUGUGAUCCGCGAGCAUGUCGGCCUCCUCUUUAAACUCCUGCAUGACAUGCGUGGCUCGGUGUACAUCUGCGGAUCCUCUGGGAAUAUGCCCAAAGCCGUGCGGCAGGCCCUCACUGAGGCAUUUCAGCACGGACCGGAGGUGGAGACUGAUCGGUUCAAUGAACAGGGCGCCGAGCAGUAUCUGCUGGGGAUGGAGAAGACAGGCCGCUCAAUCACAAUGGCCAGCAACCUGCGGAUUCUUGUCCCCAUCAAGCGGGUUAUCGACUAUGCGGUCAAACCCCGCGUGAACAAAGCCAACACCGGCGUGGAGACGGCCGGCGUCAAGCACUCGCUCAACCCCUUCGACGAGCUCUCGGUCGAGGAGGCCGUGCGCCUGCGCGAGCGGCACACCAAGAAGCAGAGCCCGAUCAAGGUGGACCAGAUUCUGGCGCUGUCGGCGGGCGGCCCCAAGUGCGCGGACACGCUGCGCACAGCGAUGGCGAUGGGCGCGGACCGGGCCUUCCACGUCGACGUGGGCGACAGCCCGGACGGCGGGCCGGAGCCCCUGACCGUGGCCAAGAUGCUGCAGGCGGUGGUGAAGCAGGAGAACAUCAACCUGGUGCUGCUGGGCAAGCAGGCGAUCGACGGCGACCAGGGCCAGACCGGCCAGAUGCUGGCGGGUCUGCUGGGCUGGCCGCAGGCGACACAGGCCAGCAAGGUCGAGAUCAAGGACGAGAGCGGCACGGUUGAGGUUACACACGAGGUCGACGGCGGCGUCGAGACCCUGCGCGCGCAGCUGCCCAUGAUCAUCACGACGGACUUGCGGUUGAACGAGCCCCGGUACGCCACGCUGCCGAACAUCAUGAAGGCGAAGAAGAAGCCCCUCGAGAAGAAGACGUUGGCCGACUUCGGCAUCGAGGAUAAGAAGCGGUUGAAGACGAUCAAGGUCACUGAACCUCCCGCUCGCCAGGGUGGUGGUAAGGUUGAGGAUGUGGACGGACUCAUCGGCAAGUUGAAGGAGCUGGGUGCUCUGUAA